ACCGCGGACAGCGCUCAGGCCCAGAGGCUCCCGCUGCGCCAAGCCGCGCAGACAGGUUCCUGGGCCUUGGCGAGUUCUGAGCCCUCCCCGGGUCGCAGAGGAGGAGGGAGGAGGGCGGCCUGGACUACUUGGACUCCAUCUCCAGCCUGGCGGUCGCCAUGCUGCUGGAAACCGAGCUCACUCGAGACCAAGAUCGGCUGGGGGCCCGCAUGGCCCCCGCUGUCUGCAGCUUCGGUGGGACUCAGGAGAUCCCGCUGUGCGCCGGCUGCGACCAGCACAUCCUGGACCGCUUCAUCCUCAAGGCGCUGGACCGCCACUGGCACAGCAAGUGCCUCAAGUGCACCGACUGCCACGCGCCCCUGGCCGAGCGUUGCUUCAGCCGCGGGGAGAGCGUCUACUGCAAGGACGACUUCUUCAAGCGGUUCGGGACCAAGUGCGCCGCGUGCCAGCUGGGCAUCCCGCCCACGCAGGUGGUGCGCCGCGCCCAGGAUUUCGUGUACCACCUGCACUGCUUCGCCUGCGUCGUGUGCAAGCGGCAGCUGGCCACGGGGGACGAGUUCUACCUCAUGGAAGACAGCCGGCUCGUGUGCAAGGCGGACUACGAGACGGCCAAGCAGCGCGGUCAGUGGGGGAGUCCACCCACCCUCCUUUCCCCGUCUGCAAAAUGGGGCUGGGGCCGGGUGUGGUUCCAGAACCGCCGCGCCAAGGAGAAGAGGCUCAAGAAGGACGCGGGCCGGCAGCGCUGGGGCCAGUACUUCCGCAGCAUGAAGCGCGCCCGCGGCGGCCCCAAGUCGGACAAGGACAGCGUGCAGGAGGAGGGACAGGACAGCGACGCCGACGUCUCCUUCACCGAUGAACCAACCAUGGCCGAAAUGGGCCCUGCCAACGGCCUCUACAGCAGCCUGGGGGAGCCCACCCCAGCCUUGGGCAGGCCCACGGGAGCCCCAAGCAGCUUCCCACUGGAGCACGGAGGCCUGGCCGGCCCGGAGCAGUACCGCGAGCUGCGCCCCGGCAGCCCCUAUGGUGUCCCCCCAUCGCCAGCUGCCCUGCAGAGCCUCCCUGGCCCCCAGCCCCUUCUCUCCAGUUUAGUAUAUCCGGAUGCUGGCUUGGGCCUGGUGCCCACGGGGGCCCCAGGUGGGCCCCCGUCCAUGAGGGUGCUGGCAGGAAACGGACCCAGCUCCGACCUGUCCACAGGGAGCAGUGGGGGCUACCCUGACUUCCCUGCCAGCCCCGCCUCCUGGCUGGACGAGGUCGACCACGGCCAGUUCUGACCGAGGCCCCCAGCUCCACUGAGCACCGGACGUGAGGGGUGUGGGCAGCAGUGCUGCCCCUGGCUGGGUGGCCCGGAGCGACACUUCCGUCCUUUCCCGAAGCCCUGGACCUCUGCAGGAAGCAGGUGCCACCGGCAGCAGCAGCGGAGGACAGGAUGAGGACCUCAAAGAGGGCUCCUUUCAACGGAGCGCCCAACCCCGCACCCCUCCCUCGGGCAGAGGGACUCCAGCGGUUCCUGUCUGCUGCUCCUUGGACACAGGGCUGCUGGCCUGGUGGCCGCCCAGCAAGCCUUGUUUUGUAAGCAGACUUCUCCCUUGAUCGACGAAUUAACUGGACGCUUGCUGUUUCUAGACACGAAGUGUCACCCCCACCCAGGCUGGGCCCUCACUCCGGCCUCGCUCCAGCCCAGAGCAGCACAGUCCUCAGGCUGGAGGAUGCUUUACUUUCUAAAGUGAAAAAACAUAGUACGAACCAUGAACCAUGCUUUUAUUUUCCAAGCUCCAUCUGCCUGGUGGAGACCGACUUUAGGUCGGAGAUGGGCCUCUUCUGUCCAGACAGGAGUUAGCCGAGCAGGAACCACGCCCGUAUCCCCCUCCGGUCCCAACCCCCACCUUCCCCAGGAGCCUCCUCUCCCGUCUUCCCUGGGGGAGCUGGCUCUAGACCUUUCCAUUCUUGACUCUACCACCCGUCGGAGGAGACUCCACUGCCUGCGUGCCCUUCUUCUCCAGGUCCGUGGGGAGCUCCCUCCCGCCUACACCAGGUUUCUACCCCCUCCCCCUUCACAGCCGCCCCCAGGCCCUCCGGGUCCAGGCCACGCCCAGCCCGCCGAUUUCCGUUGCCAAACAGCUUGUGGCGGCUCUAACUGCGUGAGGCCUGGGCGCGUCUCCUCCGCCCCAGACUCUGAGGCCGGCGGCGGGUGCGGCCCGGCCAUCCCGUGAACCUGCACCCCAAGCAACCUGUUGGUUCUGUGGACGUCCAGUGUCUUUUAUUUACUCUCUGACCAUCAGCUCUUUCUAAGACUUCAAUAAAUCUGUC